UGGGCGUUUGGCGCGAUUUGGGAGCGCUGUCGGUUGGGAGUGCGGAGCCGCUCGUUAAACGCCCGAGCCCGUGAGCGCAGUCGCCGGCAUCCGAGUUCGCGACAUGCCUCCUAAGCACUCGAAGAAAGUUGCCGUGCCCGGCUCUGAGGAAGGCGGCUCUCCGGCCAGACAGAAAAGUGCAGAAUUUCUCUUAUUAUGUCAAAGUCUCAAGAUUGACGGCAGUGUGAACGAGAGAGCUUGGACAAUUUGGGAGUCAUUGCCAGCAGUUUUGGUUGAUGGCAUUGCAUUAGAAAAUAGGAGAAAAUAUUGGGGAAUUUGCAUUUUCAUCGCAGCAGUUGAUUUGAAUAUUGUUUCCUUCACUCUGACGGAGUUGCAGAAAACUUUGGAUAUGAAUAUAACGGAGUUUUUGGAGUUACUGAAACAAAUGGAUGUGAACUUGGACACCGUAAGCAAUAAAGUAAAUUUAUUGGUGUCACGACUAGUAAAGAAGUUCCAUGUCUUCACUGCACUCUUUGAAAAAUUUAAGAGGAUAUGUGAAAAGAUAUUUGAAGAAACACCAUGUAAUCAGGCACCAUCAGAAGCAAAUAAGCCAGUGGUGAAAGUCUGUUGGAUCACAUUUCUUCUAGCAAAAGGAAAACUGCUACAGAUGGAAGAUGACCUUGUGCUCUCUUUCCAGUUGUUACUUUGUGUCUUGGAGUACUUUAUUAAGAUCUCGCCUGCUGAAUCAAUUAAGGAACCUUAUAGAGUUGGGAUGAAUAGUAUAAGUUCCAGUAGUUCAUCACGAACUUCAAGACGAAGUCACAACAGACCAAUACAGGCAAACAAUUCAACUGAGGUAGACUCCAAAGUCCUGGAAAUACUUUGCCGUGAAAAUGAAUGCAAUGCAGAUGAAGUGAAAAAUAUUUAUUUGAAGAGCUUUCUUCCUUUUUUGAAUAACAUUAAAAUAUCAUCUUGUACCGAAUUCCCUGAGCUUGAGACACUUUCAAGACAAUAUGAAGAGCUUUACUUGCAGAAUAAGGAUUUUGAUGGAAGAUUAUUUCUUGAGUGUGACAGAACUCUGCAGAUGGACCCAGAAGAAAGAUGUAAUCGCGAAAGAACUCCGAGGAAGCCUCAUACUGAAGAUGGUCAUGCAGUUCUUCCUCCGCAGACACCUGUUAGGGCUGCUAUGAACACCAUACAGCAGUUACAAAUGAUACUAAAUACAGCUGACGACAAACCUUCAGAUACUCUUAAAGGAUAUUUUAACAAUUGUACAAUAAAUCCCACCGUCAACAUUACUAAAAGAGUGGAGAAUUUAGGUCAGAGGUUUCAGGAGAAUUUUGCUUGGACUGUGGGAGAAGGAUGGGCAGAGAUUGGAUCACAGAGAUAUAAACUUGGCGUACGGCUGUACUACAGGGUUAUGGAAUCCAUGUUGAAAUCGGAAGAAAAGCGACUUUCUGUCCAAAAUUUUAGCAAGUUGUUAAAUAAUGCUACUUUUCAUGGAUCCCUUCUUGCCUGUGCUGUAGAAGUUGUUAUGACCACAUAUGGAGCUACCUGGAACAUGUCAUUGAAGAGCAACAUUCAAGCAGAGACUGAUCUCUCUUUUCCCUGGAUCCUUCGAGUAUUUGAUAUAAAGGCUUACGAAUUUUACAAGGUUAUUGAGAGCUUCAUUAAAGCAGAACCAAAUCUAACCCGAGAAAUGAUCAAGCAUGUGGAAAGGUGCGAACACAGGAUCAUGGAAUCUAUUGCUUGGCAGUCAAAUUCACCUUUGUUUGACAUCCUCAAGCAACAAAAAGAACAAGAAGAUCAACCGGAUCAGCUCGAACCUACCAGUACGCUGAAACAACCUCUCCAGCACAGCCACACUGCUGCAGAUCUUUACCUUUCCCCAGUCAGAUCACCAUGGAAGAAAGUGUCUGGCACAGUGCACACAGUUCCCACACAACACACAAAAACUGAGACAUCAUCGUCUGUGCAAUCUCAGUCCCAGUCCCAACCUCAGCAGAAGUCUCAGAAAUCUACCUCACUCUCUCUUUUUUACAAAAAAGUGUACCGACUGGCAUAUCUACGAUUGAAUAUGCUUUGCAAUCAUCUCCACCUACCAUCAGAGCACCCUCAGCUGGAAGCUAUUAUAUGGACAUUGUUUCAGCACGCAUUAGCAAAUGAGCAUGAACUUAUGAAAGACAGACAUUUAGAUCAGAUAAUGAUGUGUUCCAUGUAUGCCAUUUGCAAGGUGAAGAACAUAGACCUUAGGUUCAAGACUAUUGUUACUGCUUAUAAGGACUUGCCAAACACAAAUCAAGAGACCUUCAAACAUGUGUUGAUCAAAGAAGGGCAGUAUGAUUCCAUCAUAGGCUUCUACAACCUGGUGUUCAUACAGAGGCUGAAAACCAAUAUUUUACAAUAUGCUUCAACCCGUCCACCAACGCUCUCCCCAAUUCCUCAUGUUCCUCGAAGUUCAUUUGGUUUUCCAACCUCUCCAUUGCGUGUACCUGGUGGAAACAACAUUUAUGUCUCUCCACUGAAGAGUCCAUAUAAAACUGACGGAUUGCUGUCCCCCACAAAAAUGACCCCAAGAACACGAAUCUUGGUGUCUAUUGGUGAACCAUUUGGGACACCAGAGAAAUUCCAGAAGAUCAACCAGCUGGUCAGUUGCAGCGAUCGGCACCUAAAGCGGGCUGGGGACAUGGGGAGUGUGCCAAAGCCACUGAAAAGGCUUCGCUUUGAUAUGGAUGAACAGGAUGAAGCUGAUGGCAGCAAACACUUGUCUGGGGAAUCAAAAUUACUGCAGCAGAAGAUUGCUGAAAUGACAUCUACAAGAAAUAAGAUACAAGAGCAGAAAAUGAAAGACGGGGACAGUGACAUGAAGAGGGAAGAAAACUGAUGCUUCAUCUCAUUCAUGAUGGUGUUCACACUGCACCAGUAUGAUCCACGGCAGCAGAAUCUUCAUGGUUUUCUGGUUAUAGCUGAUAUUUUUCCCUUCCCUGUCUCGAUUUGUUUUAGCAAAGCAAUAUUUCCUUUUGGAAAAUCCAGAUAGACAAAAUUCUUAAGUUAUUUUAGAGUUGUCUCCCUUAACACAAUGUCUUAAGGGUCAUAUUUUCCUGAGUGUGUGAAGAGCGUAAAAUGUAUAAGUAACAGAGGAAGACUGAUGAAAGUAUUAAUCUUAUUUUAAUACUGAGCAUUUCAAAAAUGACACUGGGAAUAAUCAAAAUUCUGCAGCAAUGAACAUGAGGUGUUGUCAUACCAGACCUCCUCAAAUUAUUUAUCUGGCCCUCAUUAACCUCCAAAUGUAUUGCAGCUUCAGACCCAAACCUCGCUUUCUUACUCUGGCACAGGUGUUCUCAACAAGUGUUCAUGGAUACCUCAGUUAAUAGUAGAACUCCAUGGCAUAAAAGAGGUUGGGAACCCUGCUCUGUGAUGUCAAUGCAAUUUGUAUUAGUGUGCUUCUUUCUUGUUACCUUCUUAAUAUGUCUCAAAAUGCAAUUUUUAAAAUUUAACAACUACCCAGUUUAAAUCUGUCUAUAUAUGUCUUUGAUUUACAUAUGAAGGGAGAACAUUACUCUGAUGUUUGCUUGAGGAACUUUUCAUAGCAUUAUGUCCCCACCAGGUUCUAUCAGUGGUUAAAUUUUGUAAUGGUUGGCGGCACCUUUUUAAUCUGCUGUAAAUCUGCUGAUCUGUUUGAAAAUAUUUGCAUUCCUAUGCGUCUGCUGAUCAGGACAAUGUGUCCUAGUCAUUGAAACACAAUUCCAUCUACUUACAUCAUGCUCGUUUUUUAUAUGUAAAAUAGAUUUACAUACUCUGUAGUUAAAAACAAGCAAUAUUUGUCGUCUCAAUUGCCAUUUGGCUGUGAAAAGAUGGGGGGGCCCUUUAUUUUGUCCGAAAUGGCCACUUAAGUUCCAUUAACUAUUUUACAUGAAAUCAUCUGCACACCUACUAUUUUUUUGCUGGGUCUAAAAAACAUCGAAAUAAAGAAAAUUAACUUUAUUCAUGAAAGAGGAAAAUGUGGCCUUAAGUAUGUAGUAUGUACACAGAAUGUGCACUGUUUCAAUUUUAUUGAUGUUUUUAUUUAUGUUUAAGAUUUUACUUUUUACAAACUAAAACAAGUUUGUCUUUAGUUAAAUUGCCUUCAUUUUGUUAGUAAAUGUACCUAUCAAAACUUGGUUCUUGUACUGAGGCAAAUGCUUUGUUUGCAAUGGGAAGAGAAAGAAAGAGUUUGCACUUCAAUAGUGCCUUUAACAACCUCAGGACAUCUUUACAGCUGCAGUUCUUCAAGUAUCGUUGUAAUGCAAAAAAAAUGUGACUGUCAAUUUACCAACACCAGGAUCCUAAAAAAGACAGUGAAAUAAAUGACUGGAUCAUCAAAUACAGCAGAUGCUGGAAAUCUGAAAUAAAAUAAAAUAUCUGGAAACAUUCAGGAAGCCAGGGAGCAUUUAUGGAAAGAGAAACAGUUAACUUGCUUCUAUGUAUCAGGUAUACAGUACAUAGGCUUCAGAACCGAAGUGUACACCAUUCAAAGAAAGUAUCAAAGGUUUAAAAUUUGAUUAAUAUAUUGCAAAAUAAUGCGCACUGUGCUAACAGUAAAUGUUUGUACCAUUCUGUCUAGAAUUCCUAUCAAUUUAGAUUGCUUUAUCAUGACAAAAACUAACUGUGAAUACUUGUUCUUUUCUGUAGCAGACAAGUUACAUUGAUUAUGAAUUGGGACUUUGAUAUGGUACACCUUUCUGAAGAAGGAUCUUGAACAUAAAACAUUAACUUUGUUUCUUUUUCCAAAGAUGCCGCUUGACUUGCUGAGUGUUUUCCAGCAUUACUUUCUAUUCUGUUAAAUAAUCAGAUCAUCUAUUUGGAUGUUGGCUGAGGAUUCAUUGUUGGCCAGGACAUUGGGGAACUCCUUGAUCAUCAUUAAAUAAUGCUUCAAGAUAUUUUAUAUUCAUCUGAGAGGGUAGAUAAGUCCUCAUUUUGACACUUCACCUGAAAGGACAACAUUUUCUGACAUUUCCUGCUUCAUAUUUCAUACUAAAUGUUCUUAUCUAUGUGAAGUUUGAACCUACAGAAGUUCUUGUACUGGGUUAAUGCUGAUAAAAGUACAAUGUAAUAUGACAAAGUGCCCCUUGCUUGUUCGAAACAGUACUGGAUUUCAUCUUUUCAGAAUUUUAAACUGAUGCACUAUUUAAGUUUUCAAAGAUUAGACAUCAAGACCAAGGAGCAGAGUUAGGCUAUUCAGACGAUUGAGUCUGCUCCACCAUUCCAUUAUGGCUGAUUUAUUAGCCUUCUCAAUCCCAUUCUCCUGCCUUCUCCCUGUAACCUUUGACACCUUGAUUAAUGCCGAACCCAUCAACCUCUGUCUUAAAGAUACCCAAUGACUUGGCCUGCAAGGUCGUCUGUGGUAGAGAAUUCCACAGAUCCACUACCCUCGGGCUAAAGAAAUUUUUCCUCAUCUUUGUUCUAAAUGGAUGCCCCUCAAUUCUGAAGCUGUGCCCUCUUGUCAAAGGCUCCCCACUACAGGAACCAUACUCUCCACAUCAACACACACAAAAUGCUGGAGAAACUCAGCAAGUCAGGCAGCACCUGUGGAAAUGAACAUAAAGUUGGUGUUUUGAGCCGAGACCCUUCUUCAGGACUGAGAAAGAUAGGGGAAGAUGCCAGAAUAAAAAGGUGGAGGGAGGGAAAGAGGUUAGCUGGAAAGUGAUGGGUGAAGCCAGGUGAGUGGAAAGUUCAAGGACUGGAGAAGAAAGAAUCUGCUGGGAGAAGAGAGUGGACCAUAGGAUAAAGAGGAGGAGGGGGGGACCCAGGGGGAAGUAAUGGGCAGGUGAGAAGAGGUAAAAGGUCAGAGUGGAGAUUAAAGGAAGAGGGGACGAAUUUUUUUCUAGGAGGAGAUAUCGAUAUUCAUACCAUCAGGUUGGAGGCUAUCCAGAUGAAAUAUAAAGUUUUUCUCCUUCACCCUGAGGGUGACUUCAUCUUGGUAUAGGAGAAGGCGAUGGACCGAUAUGUCGGAAUGGGACAUGGCCUCUCCAGAUCCACUAUAUCCAGACCUUUCAAUAUUCAAUAGGCUUCAAGGAGAUCUCCCCUCGUUCUGCUAAAUUCCAGUGAGUACCGUCUCAGAGUCAUCAAAUACUCCUCAUAUGUUAACCCCUUCAUUCCUGGGAUCAUUCCCAUGAACCUCCUCUGUACACUCUCCAAUGCCAACACAUCCUUUCCCAGGUAGGGGCCCAAAACUGCUCUCAAUACUCCAAGUGCAGGCUAACCAAUACCUUAUAAAACCUCAGCAUUACAUCCUUGCAUUUGUAUUCUAGUCUUCUUGAAAUGAAUGCUAACAUUGCAUUUGCCUUCCUCACUACCAAAUCAACCUGCAAAUUAACCUUCAGAGAACCCUGUCCAAGGAUUCCAAGUCCCUUUGCAUCUCAAAUUAUUGAAUUUUCUCCCUAUUCAGAAAACAGUCUACACCUUUAUUUCUUCUAGCAAAAUAUUUGACCAUGCACUUCCCUACGUUAUGUUCCAUAUGCCACAUCUUUACCCAUUUCCCCCAAUCUAAGUCCUUCUGCAGGCACCCUGCUUCCUCAACAGUACCAGCUCUUCCAACUAUCUUCAUAUCAUCUGCAAACCUGGCCACAAAGCCAUCGUUACGUAAAUUCAAAAUGUCCAUAUACAACGUGGAAAGAAGCAGUCCCAUCACCAACUCCUGUGGCACACCACUAGUCACCAGCAGCCAACCAGAAAAGGCCCCCUCUAUUCCCACUUUUUGUCUCCUGCCAGUCAGCCAAUCUUCUAUCCAUUCAAGUACCUUUCCUGUAAUACCAUGGGCUCUUAUUUUGUAAAGCAGCUGCAUGUGCAGCACUUUAUCAAAGGCCUUCUGAAGAUCCACAGAAACAACAUCCACUGGCUCUCCUUUGUCUAUCCUGCCUGUUAAUUCGUCAAAGAAUUCCAAGAUUUGUCAAGCAAGAUUUCCCCUUAGAAAAUCAUGCUGACUCAGGCUUAUUUUAUCAUGUGCCUCCAAGUACCCCAAAAUCGCAUCCUUAAUAAGACUCCAACAUCUUUCCAACCACUGAAGUCGGGCUAAUUGGCACAUAAUUUACUUUUUCCUGCCUUCAUCAUUUCUUAUGAGUGGAAUGGCAUUUGCAACUUUCCAUUCCUCAGUAGAGGUGAAAUGAGGGUCUCCAUCAGUCAGAGUUGACUAUGGAUAUUGCAUCCUAACUAUCUAGAUACACAAGCCUGGGCAGUACGAUAUGGAGAGCAAGCUGUUGCCCAUGUAACAAGCUCCCCCUCUCCACACAUCUGAUGAACCCAAAUAAUGGCAGAAACUGAAACAGUUUGGUACCAGUCCUCAGGAACCAUUAAAGAAUUCAGUGAUUCUUGAAAGAUCAAAGGUAGUGCCACAAUCUCUUCUAGACCCCUGGGAUGUAGUCCAUCUUGUCCAGGUGACUUUAUCUUCAGGCUUUUCAGCUUCCCAAGUAGCUUCUCCUUUGUAAUAGCAAAUACACUCAUUCUGCUCCCUAACACUCACAUUUCUAGCAUUAUGCUAGUCUUCCACAGUGAAGACUGACACAAAUUACUUCCCAUUUCUUUGUCCCCAACUACUAGUUCUCCGGUGUCAUUUUCCAGUGGUCUAAUACCCACUCUUUUACUCCUUAUAUAUUUGAGAAAAAAACUUCAUAUCCUCUUAUUGGCCAGCUUAUUUCAUCUUUUUUUCUUUCUUUAUGGCUUUCUUAGCUACCUUCUGUUGUUUUUAAAAGCUUCCAAAUCCUUUUACUUCUCACUAAAUGUUGCUAUAUUUUGUGCUUUUGUUUUUAUGCUGUCUUUCAUUUCCCCUGUCAGCCACAGUUGCCUCCUGCUCCCUUUAGAAUACUUCUUCCCCUUUCGAAUGCAUCUUUCCUGUGCUUUCUGAAAUUCCCCCUGAAACUCCAACCAUUGCUGCUCUGCCAUCAUCCCUGCUAGUGUCCCCUUCCAAUCAACUUUGGCCAGCUCCUCUCGCAUGCCUCUGCAAUUCCCUUUACUCCACUGUAAUACUGAUACAUCUGAUUUUAGCUUCUCCCUCUCAAACUGCAGGGUGAAUUCUACCAUAUUAUGAUCACUGCCUCUUAAGGGUUCCUUACCUAAGUUCUCUAAUCAAAUCUGGGUCAUUACAUAACUUGCAAUCCAAAAUUGCUAUUCCUCUGCUUGGCUCAACCACAAGUUGCUCUAAAAUUCUAUCUCGUAUGCCUUCUACAAAUUCCUUCUCAAGAUCCAGCAAUCAGAUUUUCCCAAUCUACCUGCAUAUUGAAAUCCACCCCCCCCCCGCCCCAAUGAUUAUUACAAGAUUGCCUUUGUUACGUCUUUUCUAGUUCCUGUUGUAAUUUGUAGCUCACAUCCUGGCUACUGUUUGGAGGCCUGUAUAUAACUCCCAUCAGGGAUUUUACCCUUGCAGUUUGUUAACUCUACCCACUAGGAUUCUAACCUUCCAGUAUGUGCAACAGCAUUCUGUACAAAGGCAUGGAUAUGAAGCCACACUGCUCAGCGCUGGCUUACAUACGUGACGUAACCUUCAGAACAGGAAUCUAGACUACUAAACCAAAACAUUGAAGGUUUCUUAAGUUUUGAUGAACAUAUUGCGAAUCUAUGCUAUGGUACCAGAAAAUACUUGUACUUUUCUCCCUGGAGGUAGUAUUCUGUAGUGAUUUGUCUUGCUUUGUGUUUGUAACAGCUCACUUUGAGAACUUCAUAUUCUUGUCUGUCAUGGCUUGACAAGUUCUAUACCAUAGACAUGGGUAUGACUAGUUAUUUUAAAUGGUUAACUAUAACCUCUUUCCUUCUCAUUGAACAGUUGACAUCUUUCAGUGUUUCUGAUUAAUAGCAUACAGAAGUCUGUACUCAUUUUUUUUCAGUGAGAUAUCUGUUUGUACUGCACAUUAUAGACUGAGGUACUGUUUUUAUAAAUAUAGCAAAUAAAAUGUCUGUAUUUGAUUGUCUUUUUUAUAAAAUAUGCAGUAGAUGAUAUUUGGAAGCAUCAGCACUGAUGGCCAAUUUUUUUUUAAGAGAAAAGAAGAUGUCAGUAAAUAUAGAGUACCCAAUCAUUAGUAUUUUAUUUAAUUGUCAUAUUGGAUCAGUGUAAUCAAUCCAGAAGGUUAGUCUGACCCCACUCACUAUCAUCUUUUUUUAAAAGGAAAUUCUGACAUCAGUGUUGCUGGCACCAAAAUGUCCGAGUCCUGAAUAAACUGAAUCAUCACUGAACCUACAGUUUGCUUGAAUUACUACAGUCUGAUAAUUGCCUCCAGAAAAUACUUAACCACUUGUAGUGAAAGGCUGCUGGUUACAUAUUCAGCACCAGAGUAGAAAUACCUUAGUUUGAUCCAACGCAUCCAGAACACCACACUUAUUCGAGUUUCUUGGUGAGGGAACUGCUAAGUAUAUUGUGUGGAAUGCAUCAAGC